GACUUUUGGACUGGAAGUUAUGAUUUUCCAUUCGUGAAAUAAUAAAUUGAAAAUGGAGAAAAACAACUGACGAUAAACAACAUAACGAAAUGACGAAGAUAUCUUGCUUUAAAAGUAACCAGUGAUGAUGCGCCAAGAGUUGUUGCUUCUGUUGGGCGUUGGCUUAACUGCUUAUUGUAUCAGUGGAUUCAAAUGGAAAUCCUCAAGCUGUGAUUUUCUCAACCAUCAGUCACAAUGCGUUUGGUGUCAGCUGGAGAAAGAUGAACUGGACAAAACAAUAACAUAUCGUCCAGGUGAACCACGGGCCCCUCCCGAUAAGCCGGAAAAUGUCGAGGUUUACAUGCACUUCAUGGAGAACGCCAGUAAACGACUGCCCCUUGGCCUCAGACUUGUUAUAUCUCAUCCACAUACAACUUUAUCUCUGAAAGCAUUCCUCAUUGAUAUUGACUUCAAGAGAACAUCUAGAGGUCCAGUAGUUAGCCAUUUUCCUAAGCUACUUGCUGAGUUUGAGGUUUUACACUUCGACGACAAGAAAAUUUUGAUCGACAUUCCCGUGACUAAGGUGUAUGAAAUGGAAGGCUUUUCAAAUCCAUACCAUUGGCUGGACAGUAGUCCUUGGAUUCAUGUGUGUUCGCUGCCUCACAUGGAACACGAUGAAGCCGGCAACUGCUAUCCCAUUAUUGAUAUUCAGAACUUGUCAGCUCUCCCAGAGUUGUCGGAGAGCGAGAAACAGGAGAAUAUACAACCAUCGUGCAAAGCUGACAGAAUCGACGGUAAUUUGUCUAUUCCAGUGAGUUCAGAAAAGUUUGGAAAAAAGGCGACAGCUGCUGUUGUAGUGUGUUGUGUGAUCUUUGUUGUCUUUUUAAUAUCGUCUUUCGCCGCAUUCUGUCUACGCAACAAACUCAGAGACACCAGAUGUGUGCAUAUAUUUGAGAUACUUAGAAUAAACGACCCCCCGAAAGACGGUCGACUGUCGCGCAGUGCUGUCAGAACAGGAACACCGCCUCGCAGGGACUCAAUGCACACUGACGACCGUUCGCAGUGGGGAUCUGGACUUCGUCUUAACCAGAUGUUGAGUUUCACGAGGUCACCGCAGCAUUUUUCAAACAGUGAAAACAACUUGUCCGGUGUCUCAGAUUCAAAAUCAUGUCUCAAUUCUUGCUCAGUACUCGACGAGAUGAACUCACAAUUCGGUCGCCUUAGUUACGUCGCUAAUGGUCAGGUAUACUACAUGGAAGAUAUGGGGUGAAGAUGAGGGCGAAAAGAAGCUUUGCUGCUGCUGUUGCACAAAAUCUACUGCCCCAAUAAUCUCCUGAGUUGCAAGUGAAUCUGAACGUCAAUCACUGUUGUUUCAGUGAACUGGAAAAAAUUCCUUCUUCUUUUUUAUUGUCUUUCCCUUUCCUUCAAAACGAACAAAUUUCGUCCCGUGUUUUUCGUGGUGCGUGCAUAUCUGUUUUUCUACCCUUUAAUAACUAAGUGUUACGCCCACUAGUUUUAUCAAUGAGACACCUAAUCUAUCAAUAUAUGGAUAUAUGAAUGUACAAACAAGCUUUUUGUUUCCUCAAAUCAGCUUUUAUUUUGAUGCUCUUGAAUCACCAUUCUGGUAGUUUUAACUUUUAGUCGAUGUCUCAAUAGUUUUCAUAAUAUCAACAUAAGAUACACAAAAACACUAGUGUCAGUACCUUAUACUUUAUUUGUUACUUAACUAACUCAAUUAAUUCGGUUGUUUGAGUUCAAUGACAUUUUUUUUCAACCGUGUAUGUGCUAUAUGUUAACUUAUGCUGACUUGACAUCUUUAGCAAAAAAAUGAUUUCGAGGGAUGAUUUCGAUUUGUAAUUAUACUACACCAGUUGCCUGUAAAAUAGUUAACAGCUCGUAAAAAGUCUCAAAUAUAAGCGUAUUAAAUAAAGAUAAAGGUUCAAUGCACACUUCAUCCUGAAAAAUCACUCAAUAUUGCGAGCUUCAAUUUUUUUACUGCUUCGAAAGAUUUCAGUUUUAUAGAAUAAUUGAUAACGUUAAAUUAAGGAUAGAGAAUCAUGACAAUUCCUGUGAUUUCGCUUCGUGGCUUUCGCUGUUAUACGCGACAAUUUCAGCAAUAAGGUUGCCAUUUAACCUAUCGUCAAGUCUCAAAGUAACCCCUUUUCAUAGUUAGAACGCAGUAGUUAGGAAAUUUGUCCCUUUGAAGUUUAAUCAAUAUUUCGGUGAAGGUUAAGCAGUGAUGGCAAAAGGUAUUAACAGAUUUCGCAAUGGUGCAUUUUGCCUUGAAUUAUGUCGAAUAAGUUAUGCCAACAUUUGUUUGAGGCAUAGCCGCUGCAUGCUCUAUCUUUGCCGAAAGAUUUAUCCAGCGAAUUUUUCCAUUCGUUCUCAGACCUCACUGUUAUAAUGUCAUAUCCAUAACAUAUUUUUCUAAUAAUUAUCAGAUUAUGUACAACCAGUAAUUGAUUGACUGCUAGGCGGUCUUAUUCCUGUUGAGUUUGUUACAGAUCUUGAUAAAACGGGCAAAAAAUACGUAAUUACUGCUAACUUCUAUGGCUGCCAAAUGAUGCACUCAGUCUGUUUUAAUGAGGUCGCAAAUCUUUUUCGUAUCCUUUCCAUGCUAAACCCAGUUCAUUCCCUCAGUAUCAUACAUUCACCUUCGACAUAUGAACAGAUGUGAUCUAAAUAAAUACAUUUUAUUUUGCA